AUGAUACAGUUUAACAAAGAGUCGACGCCAAAACGGCUUGGGAACUGGGAGGUACCACGUUGGGCACCAUCGCGCGCUCGACCUUUAGAGAUGCGAGCGAACCCGAAACCCAUCUGUGACAUCAACGGCCGCUUUCUGCCCGGUGCUCCUAGAGGCACGUCUAGAUGCUUCGGACAUUUUACGGGUACAUGGGAUUUGCCAAGGAAGAUUACCAGGAAAGUAGCUGAGGAGUUAGCGAAAGAGCCGCCGGAUGGGCGUUUCUCGGAUUGGUUAAAUCCUCGUGUACAAAGACCGAAGGCUGCUGCGACGGCAUCGGGGCGCUUGCGCGGUGGGAAACGCGCCAAAGGAAAGGAGGAUGUUAAAGAAAAUGGAAACACACAGACAUUUGUAUAUCAAAAGAAACUGACUGCACAGCGUAGGCAAUCAUUUCCAACAGUCUUGAUUAGAUUAUCAUCCAAUACUAAGAACCUCGCCAAUGUCCAUUUCAUAGUCGCCUUCGUAAAGUGA